CCUUUUUAAUUUCUGCCUGAAUAUGUCCACGGAUGUUUUGGAAGCUACAGAGAUGCUGGAGGUGUUCCGGGUCACAGACCUGCGUGUCGUCCUCACUAAGAUGGACCAGAGUCGCGUCGGGCUGAAGAAGGACCUGCUGAAGCGAGUCUCAGACCUCCUGCAGAACGAGUGCAGUCCCAAGCUCCUGUCCUCCAUCCGAGAGCUGCACACACUCCGACAGCGUUCCCGAGGCUCCAAGCCCAGUCCCGUGCACGUCAUCUCCAUGCCUGAGUGUGUGUCGCCCACACCUGUGUGUGCAGAGACGCAGAUGAUCACACUGCCCUUCUAUCACACGCUGGACACUGUUCUGCCCCCGACACCGCUGGUGCCCACGUGUGGAAGAGUCAUGCAAAUCUCGAAUUUCUUGAUUCAUCUCAAUGAGAAUCAAGAGGCUCAGGUCCAGAAGAGCCGGACGUCUCGGUCUGGCUCGACGUCUGUUCAGGUGGUGCUCAGGAUUUGUUACAGUGAGAGCGUCGGUGUUGAAGAAGAUCAGUAUCCACCGAACAUCAGUGUUUUAGUUAAUCACAUGAUCUGUCCUGUACAGUGUUCCUAUUCAUCCGAUAAAAUGGGGACCGAACCUUCCCGUCCGUGUCGUCCGAUCGACAUCACGCCCAAGCUGUACCCUUCAUUCACAAACCGAGUCUCAGUGGAGUGGGGAAACUUCGGCAAGAAUUAUUCUGUGGCUGUGUAUGUGGUGAGGCUGGUGUCGUCUCAGGAGUUGCUGGAUGAGCUGCGCAGGACCUCGGUGGAGCAGCAGGAUCUCUGCAGACUCAGAGUUUCUGAGAAAUUGUGCUCCGAUCCAGAAAGUGAGAUCUCUACAACACGUCUGCAGAUAUCACUGAUUUGUCCACUGGCGAAGAUGCGCAUGAGCGCCCCCUGUCGGGCCCGAGGCUGUGCUCACCUGCAGUGCUUCGACGCGUCCUUCUAUCUCCAAAUGAACGAGAGGAAGCCGCGCUGGAUCUGCCCCGUGUGCCACAGAUACGCCCCGUAUGAUGCGCUGCGAAUCGACAGUUUGCUAUGUGAGGUUCUGGAGAGUUGUGGAGAGGACAUGGAGGAGGUGGAGCUUCUGUCGGACAGCACCUGGAGAGCCGUGAGACGCCACAAAAGCAACCAGUCGGAUCCACUUCCUCUCAAACACAAAGGAAGUUCUGAUCCGGUGGGAAGCGUCGUCGUGGAUCUGACUCAGUUUUCCUCUGACGAUGAGGAUAUCCAGAAAGAGGAGACCGUUUCUACACAUCUACAAGACCACAGUGUACAUUUUAGAAAAUCUGGCAUAGUUAACUUCUGGACCCAAAAGUCAGAAAACCCAUAACUAAGCAACAGACCUGUUUUAGGAAGUGUUUUUGUUCUAUAUUGAUAAUAUUAAUGAAUUAUGUUGGCAACUGUUUUUAGCAUAUAAGGCUGAAAGACCAACUGAUAACUGACGUGAACCUUUUGUCAUUUAAUUUUCUGUUUUUUUGUUGUAAAUCAUAAUUGUGGUGGCAAUAAAGUUUCUUUAUGAGAUGAGA